GGCGCUGAAGGAUGGCGACGCCCGUGCCCCCGCCCUCCCCGCGGCACCUGCGGCUGCUGCGGCUGCUGCUGUCCGGCCUCGUCCUCGGCGCGGCCUUGCGCGGCGCGGCCGGCGGCCGCUCCGAUGCAGCUGCCUGUCCUGGGAGCCUGGACUGUGCCCUGAAGAGGAGGGCACGGUGCCCCCCGGGUGCACAUGUCUGUGGGCCCUGCCUCCAGCCCUUCCAGGAGGAUCGGCAGGGGCUCUGUGUGCCCAGGAUGCGCCAGCCUCUGGGAGAGGGCUUGCACCAGCCCAGACUGGAAGAGGAGAUCGACUUCCUGGCCCAGGAGCUAGCCCGGCAGGAGGCGGGGCGCCCUGGGCUCAAGGCCCCAUCCCAGCUUGAGGGACAACAGCGGCCCCCGGAGGCGGCGGCCACCCUUGGGCUUUCAGAGCGAGGCCAGGGACUCGGCCUGGGCCUCCCCUCCACGCGGGGAGCCCCGGCGCCCACACCCCGCCCCUCCCUGGGCCCCGCCGUGUCGUCUGGGCCUGUGCACAUGUCCCCACUGGAGCCGCGGGGCGGGCACGGUGACGGCCUCACCCUCGUGCUGAUCCUGGCAUGCUGCGUGGCUGGCGCAGCCGCGCUGGCGGUGGCGGCUCUCUUCUGGUGGCGGCUGCAGCGAGACAUCCGCCUGACCCAGAAGGCCGACUACACGGCCCCGCAGGCGCCCAGCUCCCCAGCUCCGCCGGGGAUCUCGCCCGGGGACCAGCGGCUGGCGCACAGUGCGGAGAUGUACCACUACCAACAUCAGAGGCAGCAGAUGCGAUGCCUGGAGCGGCAUAAAGAGCCGCCCAAGGAGUUGGACUCCGCCUCCUCCGACGAGGAGAACGAAGACGGCGACUUCACGGUGUACGAGUGCCCGGGCCUGGCCCCAACGGGAGAGAUGGAGGUUCGGAACCCAUUGUUUGACCAUGCCUCGCUGUCCGCGCCCCCGCUGCAGUGACCUGAAGGCUGACGCCCACCCUCUCGCCCACCCUCUCGAGGACGUGAUCCACACUGGUGGGGAGGAACAGGGGGCCCGGCCUUUCCCAUGAAAGCGAGGGUGUCCUGAUGCGCGCCUGCUGUGGCUGGGGCCUCAGCGGCUAGGAAGCCCUCUCGGGGCAGACUCCUGCCUGACUGUGCCCCCUUGUUGCACCUGUCCCAAGUGUGGAACCCCCCCAAUCAAGGGGAGGAGGAGAACCCUAGAGACCAGGCAUGGAUUGGUAAGACUGGAGACAAGCCAAUUAAAGCACAUUUCAAAGCUU